UAAUCUGUCAUCUGUGGCAGUUAGUCGCAGAAAUGGCUGACUUACUGGUUGUACCAUUUAAAAAAUCUUCUGAUGUUGAUAUCGUAAAACCACUUAAAAAUUUGAUCCAAGCUAAUUACAAUAACAAAAAUGGCAGUGAAAAUGUAGGAGAUGCUAUCAUUGAACUUGGCCGACUUCGUACCAAUGCUAUAUGGAAAGUUUUUGAGAAGUCUUCGCUCGAUGUUCUUUACAGUUACUAUGACCAACUGGUGUCACUGGAAGGCAAAAUCCCAGCACACGAAGUUCAAAUUCCUUUUAAAUGGAAAGAUGCUUUCGACAAGGGUUCGAUAUUUGGUGGGCGAAUGAGCCUUACAAUCAGUUCCAUAGCAUAUGAGAAAAUGUGUAUUUUAUUCAACAUAGGCGCUAUGCAGAGUUCUAUUGCAGCUCAGCAACCUCUUGACACUGAGGAGUCUUUAAAACUAGCUGCUAAAAUGCUUCAGCAGGCAGCUGGAGUCUUUGCCUACCUUAAGGGGAACAUCAUGAUGGCUGUCCAUCAAGAAACAACACCAGACCUUAACCCUGACACUCUGAAUGCACUAUCACAGCUCAUGCUGGCUCAAGCACAGGAAGUAAUAGCCUAUAAGUGCAUCCGUGAUGAGAUGAAGGAAAGUAUGGUGGCAAAAGUGUGUGCCCAGUGUGAUGAGUUAUAUACUGAUGCACAGCGGUCUCUCCAGAAAGAAGGGGUCAAGGCUUUGUGGGAGCGAGACUGGAUUGCUACAGUGACAAAUAAACAGUCAACAUUUCGUGGGCUGACUCAUUAUUAUCAGGCAAAGGUGUGUCAUGAAAAUAAAUCUGUCGGAGAAGAGAUUGCCCGAUUACAGGUGGCGAUCGAUUUGUUGAAGAACAGCGGAAGCGGAUGGGGCGGUGGACGAGUGGCGGAUGUAGCGCGGGCUGCGACGCGAGGUCUGGCGGCGGCCACCCGCGACAACGACUUUAUCUACCAUGAACGUAUACCUGAAGCUGCCGCACUGGAGCCUGUCCCGCGGGCAUCUGUCGCCAAACCGCUCCCGCCGCCAUCCCGCUGGGAUUCCUCAUCGCGAGACCUGUUCGCCGACCUGCUGCCGUUGUCCGUCCACACCGCGCUGCAAGCCAGCUCCACUCGCUGUGGAGAGAUCGUCUACGCCGAGGUCGAUAAGCUGCGAGACGCCACGCAGCUGCUCAAUAGCAUUCUCGCAUCACUCAAUCUGCCAGCCUGCAUCGAGAGCGCCGCUCCCGGCUCGCUGCCGGAGUCAAUUCGCGAGAAAGCUCGUGCGGUGCAGGAGCGAGGCGGCGUCACGGCCUUGAGCUCGCUUAUGGCCGAAUUGCCGGAGCUGCUGCAGCGGAACCGAGACAUUUUGGGCGAAGCUGAUCGUAUGCUGCGGGAAGAGUCCGAGGCGGACGACGCCCUGCGCGCUCAGUUUGGAUCGCGAUGGUCUCGCACGCCAUCCGAGCGGCUCACGGAGGCCUUUCGCGCCAACCGCGACAAAUACACGCAGAUCAUCGACAACGCGGUGCGCGCCGACGCCAUCGUGCAACAGAAGUUCCAGCAGCACCGCGAGGCCAUGGAGUUGCUGAGCCGUGGGGGGGCGGCUCUCGAUGCUGAUGUUCCCGCUGCGCCGGCUUCCUCAGCCGCAUCCGAUGGAGAGCCGCUCGUUAAACUACGUACGCUUAUGGACUCCGUUGAAGCAUUGAAGGCGGAACGCGAUGAGAUCGAAAGCUUAUUGAAGGACUCGACCGUUGACUUGCGUGACAAGUUCAUAGCCGCUCUGGCGGAAGACGGAGCGUUGGAUGAGCCGGCGAUGUCGACAGCGGCCGUGGGUUCAGCGCUUGCGCCGCUGCAGCGUCGUGUCACAGAAACCCUGAAGACUCAGGAGCGGCUUGUGGCGGAGUUGCAGCAGGCACAUUCGGCUCUGAUGGACUCCCGCGGCGGCGCUAGCGGUCGGGACGCGGCUUUAGGCAAACUGUGCGCUGCGCACGAUGCUUAUCAGGAGUUGACUGGCAAUCUGCAGGAGGGUGUCAAAUUUUACAACGACCUUACACAGCUGCUCUUAGCUUUCCAAAACAAAGUGUCCGACUUCUGCUUCGCUCGUAAGACGGAGAAGGAAGAGUUGCUCAAGGAUCUAACUCAAGAGGCGUCCCGUCCCGCCCAACGAUCUGCCCCCGCGCCGCCCCAACAUCAUACUGAUUCUGCCGUAUCAGAGCCGGCAGUUACAAAGAAAGAAGCACCUCCUCGGCCCCCUCCCCCCACACCCUCAGUCAGUACACUACCAUACCCCGCCCAGCCUCAGGGCAUGCCCCUCCCGUAUGGUGCUCCAGCUGCGCCGUACCCAGUCUACGCCCCCAUGCCGGCCAUGUACAAUCCCUACGCUACGCUACCCUACCCCCAUCACAUGAGAGCUGCGCCACCGCCACAGCAGUACCAGCCCUACCAAUACCCGCCACCACCAGCUGGCUACCCGCACCCGCCAUCUGCCGGAUACAACCCCUACCCGCAGUAAUCGGGGAAGAUACUUUCAAUUUAUAUAGAAUGUUGAGUUGAAAAUGUUAAAUUUUAUUGUGUUGAGUCGCUCACAAAUGUUUUGAAUCAAUUAAAAUUAUUUUAAGAUAUUACUAGAAUUAGGUGUGUUUAAUCUGUGGUAGGUGCUACAACUGUUGAACAGUUUUAGCUAUUUCUAAUACAGGACUUUAUGCCUCGGUAAUAUGGCUUUUGCAUUAUAUGUAUGUUAUUCUUAUUUGCAUAAUUUAUAAUAACUUUGAAAUGAAAAAUGAAACAAUUCUGACAGUGUGUUUUGUAGCCAAUCACCUAAGCAUAGAAUUGUAAAGGUGCUCUAACAAUGCUAUGGCAAGUACAAGUUUUACAUCUAAAUUGCAUAAUAUGGGGCAGACAUCUUACAGGUUACAGCAAAUAAACAAGCAAACUUUUUAGUCUUAACGUUAGUCAAAUAUGACCCAAGUUCAGGCUUAAUUUUAUCUGGUAUUAGUAACAUUUAUAUUGACUAAUACAAGCUUGAAAUAUUUUAAUAAAACUUUUGCAAAUAAUUAAUAAAAUGGUUAAUUUAUAAAUAAUUAUUAUAUAAUGAAUUAUAUUUUAUAUUCUU